AUGGAAGGCAACGCUGUUUGUACAGAACCUAACACAUCCGAUGACACACUAAAAAUCGCCGGACCUGCCUCUUCCUUAUUUGGCGGUUCUUCACAAAGUCCAUUCGAUACUUUAUUUCCUCCUACAAAUGUUUCAAAAGCUUCCAACGACUCAAUUGCAAAAACAUCGCAACCUAUAACACAAUUUGACGACUCAGCUUCGUCCUUCUUUGACAAUUUUAUCAGUGAGAAUGAACCUCAGAUGACUAAAUCACAAGUGGAGUCAAAUUAUUCAUUUUAUGAUUAUUCAAACAUUUCUUCAAAUGCUGAUUCCACUAAUGACCGUUCAAUAAAUACGACGGUCACGCAACAGUAUAGCACAGAGAAUAAUUAUAUGUAUUAUAAUGAACAAUAUACUUCCAUACAAGCUAAUGGCAACAAUGACAAUAGUGACAAUAAUAAUAAUGACAGCAGUAAUGGCGAGGGAACGAUAGAUCAAACAAACAAUUCUCAGUAUUACGAUUAUACAGGUUAUAGUGGUUAUGAGAAUUCAUCAUAUUCAAAUGGUCAAGAUAAUUCACAAUAUUAUAAUUAUUCUCAACAACAGUAUUAUGAUCCAACUCAAAAAUAUGAUCCUUCGACUUAUAAUUCUUAUUAUUAUAAUCAAAAUCACGAUCCUAAUCAAAGUUACGAUCCUAAUAAAAGUUACGAUCCUAACCAAAGUUACGAUACUAAUCAAAGUUACGAUCCUAACCAAAGUUACGAUCUUAACCAAAGUUACGAUACUAACCAAAGUUACGAUCCUAACCAAAGUUACGAUCCUAACCAAAGUUACGAUCCUAAUCAAAGUUACGAUCCUAACCAAAGUUACGAUCCUAACCAAAGUUACGACCUUAACCAAAGUUAUGACCUUAACCAAAGUUACGAUCUUAACCAAAGUUAUAAUCCAACUUCUGUAGAAUUAGAAAGUCACCAGCCCAAUAAAGAUUAUGAAGAAAGUCCAUCUUCUGUAGAAUUAGAAGGUCACCAGCCUAAUAAAAAUUAUGAAGAAAGUCCAACUGUUGUGGAAAGUCACGAACCUAACCCAACUACCGUAGAAUUGGAAAGUCACGAUUCUAAUAAAAAUUAUGGAGAAAGUCCAACUGCUGUAGAAUUAGAAAGUCACGAACCUAAUCCAACUACUAUAGAAUCAGAAAGUCAUGAACCUAAUCCAACUACUAUAGAAUCAGAAAGUCACGAACCUAAUAAAAUUUAUGAAGAAAGUCCAGCUACUGAAGAAUUAGAAAGUCACGAACUUAAUAAAAAUUAUAAAGAAAGUUUAACUGCUGAAAGUCACGAGCCUGAUAAAUUUUAUGAUGAAGGUCUAACUGCUGUAGAAUUAGAAAGUUACGAGCCUAAUAAAAAUUACGAAGAAAUUCCAACUGCAUUAGAAUUAGAAAGUCACGAGCCUAAUCAAAAUUAUGAAAAAAGAAGUUCAAUUGCUGUAGAAGAUGAAACUCAAAAGAUAGAUGGUUUAAUAGGUUGUUCAUACCCUCAAUGUACAGGGGAAAACAAAGCCACUGCCAAAUUUUGUUCGGAAUGCGGGCGACCAAUAAAUAGCGUAUCUCGAACUACCACACCAGCAACAAAUAAUAAUAAUACAUUUUACACAACGGAUCCUUAUAAUAAUGAACUAAAUAAUCAUUCAAGACAUUCAUUUUCAUCUCUUCCAUAUAAUAAUACACAGGCAUCUUAUUCCGCAUCAUCGUUUACAUCCAUGGGUCAUCAUUCUUCUUCACCGGGAUUAGACGCACAAAAAAUUAACAAGGCAAUAGGGUAUCCGAUUAUGGCAUUUGGAUUUGGAGGAAAGAUAUUUACCAUGUUUCCUCGUACAGUGCAACGUUUCACUAGCACGGAGCAAGAUGUGCCUAUUACGAAAUGUGCACCUAGUGUAUUUACAAUCCGUAUAUUAAAAGAUAUUAUUCCUUUACCAGAUAUCGAAGAGUAUCCUGGUCCUUUGCUAAUGGACAAUAAUAAGGGUGGUGUGAAAGCGAAGAAAAAACUUGUAUUAAAAUACAUCGAAGAUCAGAUUAAUGUUGCUAAGGAAUCCUUGAAUACAUUUGUCGGUGAAGAAAUUGAAAAGAAAAAAUUGGAAGCCACAACAAUUAUAUGGGAAAUAUUAAAAAUCAUGUUUGAAAAUGAAGGUGCUCUUUCUGGAAGUCCAAAAGUUGAAGAAAGUAUACGUAGUAUUUUGGUCCCUUCUGCAUAUACUCCCAAAAAUAGUGAUUCAAACUUUACCAUUCCCGCCGAUUCAAGUUUUGAUUCGCCACCAGAUGAACCAUCUUCAUCUUCUAUUAUAUACACAAUUUCUCCUAAAGAAAUUGACAUUUUACAAGAUCUUUUACUCAAAGGUGAUCGCGUAGCUGCUAUAAAUCAUGCAAUGAAUGAAAAUUUAUGGGCUCAUGCUCUAAUCAUUGCAAGUUGCGUUAAUAAGGAACAAUGGAAAGAGGUUGUAAGCAGUUUUAUAAGACAUGAAAUAGGUUCACAGAAUUGUAAUUCGGAUGGGAAAGAAAGUUUGAGAGUUUUAUAUUCAUUGUUUGCUGGGCAUGGUCAAAAUUCUGUCAAACAAUUUGCACCUCAUUCAGCUUUACUCAAUCGUGUGACUCAUUCAUCAGCUACUGGUGUAUAUCCUCUUAAUCCCACCAUCACUACAAAUAACAAUCCUCAAAUGGGAACUAUUAACAAUACACAAUAUUUGUACUCACCUUCGACUGAAAGUGAUAUUCCUUUUGAAAGUUUAGAAAAAUGGCGUGAAACAUUGGCAAUGAUUUUGGCUAAUCGUUCGCCUGGAGAUAAUCAAGCAAUUACUGUAUUAGGGGAUAUGUUAAAAGAAUGUGGUUGGAUUCAAGCAGCUUGUGUUUGUUACAUUUUAUCUCCACAAACGUCUCUUCAUUCUGGAAUUGAUACACCUAAUUCACGUUUCACACUUGUGUGUCAUGACCAUUUUCAGGAUCCCUCAUUUAAAGAUUUGAAAGCAUUACGACUUAGUGAGAUUUAUGAAUUUGGACUUUCAUUAAAAAGUAAUGAGGGUGGAUUGCCGUUUUUACAACCUUAUAAACUUCUUUAUGCAUGGUGGUUGGCAGAUUUCGGAUAUUUGAAUGAAGCUAGAAGGUAA